AUGAUCCCCGCCACGCCCAUGAGCUCCAACCACACACGCAACCUCAUUGGCAUGAACGCCGUCAACGCCUGCCGCCUCAACGACACCAAGAACAAGCCGGGCUUCUGGUUUGUCCUGCAGGACCUCAGCGUCCGCACAGAGGGUACCUUCCGCCUCAAGCUCUUCCUCUUCGACAUUGGCGCCGGCGACGGCACAAACGCCACCGUGGCCCCAGAAGGCCCCACGCGCGGCAAGGGCAAGUGUCUAGCCGUCAACUUCUCCGACCCCUUUACCGUCUACUCGGCAAAGAAGUUCCCCGGCGUCAUUGAGAGCACCCCGCUGAGCAAGUGCUUUGCCCAGCAGGGCAUCAAGAUUCCCAUUCGCAAAGAUGGCCCCAAGCUCCCUAACCAAGCAGAGUAUGAUGCCGACGAUUAA